CCGGUUUUACCCCGAAACUGAGCCCAACCGGCCACGCUCUCCCCUAGUUUAGCGCGAGGGUUUAAGUUCAUCGCCGCACAAAAAUCAGAUCCCGAGGCCGAGAAAUCACAAAUGGAUACAGAGAAAACAAACCCUAACACUCUCCAAGUAGAAGAAGACGAUGACCCUCCAAUGUUAAGCCCUCAAGCAAUUGAAGCACUCAGAGAGCUACUCGCGGAGCAGAAUCGCACAAUCGACACUGAUUCCGGUGCCACCGCCGUCUCCGGUGGAGACGUGGCGUUGGUGACGGAGGAUUGGCGGCUCAGCCAGUUCUGGUACGACCGCGAAACUGCCGAGACCGUUGCGAAAGAAGUCCACGCUCUUUGCUCGUCUAUUGAUUCGCCUUCUGUGGCGUGUCUUGCUUGUCCUACUUUAUAUGUUUACCUCAAGAAACUUCAUCCUAAUAUACCCGUGCAACUUCUAGAGUAUGACAAACGUUUUGAGAAGUAUGGAAGCGAGUUCACCUUUUAUGACUACAAUGAACCAGAAGAGCUCCCAUCUUCACUGAAGCAUGCAUGUCAAAUUGUGGUUGCAGAUCCUCCUUACCUGAGCAAAGAAUGCCUGGACAAGGUUGCUCAGACAAUAGCUUUUCUUGCGCACCCUGGAGACUUUCACCUUCUGCUUCUCACUGGUCAGGUGCAAAAGGACAGGGCAGCUGAACUCUUGGGCUUGCGCCCUUGCCAAUUUCGGCCUCAGCACUCCAGCAAACUUGGUAAUGAGUUUAGGCUGUUCACAAAUUAUGACCCUGGUAUGAGGUUAGGAGGAUGGGAAGAAGAACAGUAGGUGGCUGUGUGCAUAUGUUCCAGUAUCAACAGCCAUGAGCCAGCUCAAAAAGUUCUAUGCAGAGCAAGAUCUGUUAUCUGUUAGACUAGUUCGUGUGGCGUCACAGCAUUUCUGUGGCUUUUUCUAUCAAACCUUCCUUGUAACCCCCACCCCCGACCCCGGAGAGAAAAGAAAAAGAAGAGUAUUUACUCCUGUUGUGACGGUGUAUACGGAUCGGUUUAUGCUACAGUAUCCUGAUUCCCGUGAGUUGCAAUAUGACAUCUCUUAAUUCCAAAAGUUGAACUCGGAAUGCUGCCA